GUCAGUUUAAAUUGGUGUAGGGAAGUAGUCGGAAGCCGCUAAUAAAAGGGGAUAGAAGUCUCCAGAAAAAAGCUCGUUGAAGAAUCAUGUUGGACUUCUACUAUAUGUUGUACUCGGGACCCUGCCGGUCGAUCUUGAUGACUGCCCGUGCCUUGGGAAUCGAGCUGAACAAGAAGGAGGUCGAUCUGGAUGCCGGGGAUCAUCUGAAGCCCGAGUUCGUGAAGAUUAACCCCCAGCACACGAUUCCCACCCUGGUGGAUGGGGACUUCGCCAUCUGGGAGUCGCGGGCUAUCCUGAUUUAUUUGGUGGAGAAGUACGACAAGGAUAAUACUCUGUACCCAAAGGAUCUCAAGGAGAGGGCUGUGGUUAAUCAUCGAUUGUUCUUUGAUCUGGGCACUCUUAACCAGAGCUAUGUCUACUACUACUAUCCCCAGUUGUUCGAGGAGGUGAAGAGGCCGGCUGAUCCCGUGCAUCUGAAGAGGAUCGAGGCAGCUUUCGAAAUGUUCAACACUCUUCUGGAAGGUCAGCUGUAUGCCGCCCUCAACAGGUUGACUGUGGCCGACAUUGCCCUUCUGGCCACCGUUUCCAAUUUCGAAAUAACGGAGUAUGACUUUAAGAAAUAUGCGAAUGUGGUCAGGUGGUAUGAAAACGCCAAGAAGGUAGUUCCCGGCUGGGAGGAAAACUGGGAGGGCUGCGAGAUCUAUAAGAAAUUGUAUCUGGGUGACGUUUUGAAGAAACAAUGAGAUUGCUCUAUUUGACAAUCCCCGCCAAUUUUAAUAAAGAGUGCCGCUAUUUGGUACUAUUUUAAGAGUCAUACUA